AUGUUAUUCCUCAGUCGUAGUCUAAGCGAAGUUAGUCUCAAUGCAAAUACAACUGUGCAGAAGAUUGAGGGACUCUACAAUGAGGUGUUGAAGUCCAGCAUAAACAAUUCUCGAGCUGCUUUGCCUCAUCUAAAUGAUAGCAAUGCCAUCGAUAAUCAAUUCUUUACUGAACUUGACAAGCGUGAGGGCCAAGAAGAUUACUAUAGCACCGCCUACUUUAUAUUUGCUCUGAUCCACAGCUCUUUGUUUAAUCAGCCAACAGAGGACAAACUAUUGGUUGCUAUACUUCCAGCUGAGAAAGUUUCUAUUCGCGAUUUCUUUACAAAGAUCAGAAUAGAUUUGCUUAACUAUUUUGCAGCGACUCAGAAAAAUCACUUGGAACUAAUGCAAAAUGUUACUCGCUGGCAGAACGAAUCUGCAGAUAGUAUUGUCAUCUCUUUUCUGGAAUUCCCUGAAACUCUGAAAAGCCAAGUUCCUGAAUUAAGUCUUAUGGAUUACACAAAGCAGGGCAAGAGUAUUGUUGAGGGACUGGCCCAUCAAUUACGGUUAUCUACAAAUUAAUAAUACGAUUGGAAAAUCUAUUUGCAAUUGUUAGGAAACUAAAUAAGUAAUCUAAUAAUGCUUGAGUAAACUAUAAUAUAUAAUUACUGAGUAAAAAAGCAAAGGAAGUCAUUUAAAUUAAUUUUUUUAUAGAUUUUAACAAAUUUGCUUACAAGUUCGAGUUAAUUUG